UUCAAGCUUCGCUACACUUAUAAGAGAAGUCCUUCCUUUUUCAUUUUCAUUAUUAUUUUCUCAUAGUUGGUCACAUUCCGUCACUUUCACAAGAAUGGAGAGAAACCCAUUGCAACGCCAAGUUGCCUACAUGAGGAGGUCCCUCUUUGAUCAGGGGUACCUUGACGAGCAGUUUGUUCAGCUAGAGGACCUUCAGGAUGACGCUAACCCUAAUUUUGUGGAGGAAAUUGUGACUUUGUUUUAUACUGAUUCUGCCAGACUCAUUCAUAACAUCGAACAGGCACUGGAGAGCAGACCUCUCGAUUUCAUCAGGCUAGAUGAUUACAUGCACCAAUUCAAGGGUAGUAGCUCAAGCAUUGGAGCAAAAAAGGUGAAGAAUGAAUGCACACAGUUCAGGGAGCAUUGCAGUGCAAGGAGUGCAGAAGGGUGUGUUAGGACUUUCCAACAAGUGAAGCAAGAGCAUACAAUCCUGAGGAGGAAACUUGAAACUUAUUUCCAGUUGGCAAGACAAGCUGGACUAGCAAACUAAGUCUUCCUGAAUUAGCCUGACAGAUAGUCAUGAAGAGGACUCAUUGGUACUAUUUGGUGAAUCAGUAGUGCUGAUAUGUGACUACUGUUAUCGGCUAAAAUGGAAAGGGUCAUAUAGAUUUUAUAUGUUAUCCAUACCCAGUACUACCAUGUCAAUCUUAAUGCUAGUAAUGUCAUUUUAAUAAACUCCUCUAUACUUUUAGUUACUA